CACUGGCCCAUACUUGGCAAGCUACAACAGAACCAUCCUCUUUCCAUGGAUGGGAUUGUAGUCAGCUUGUGGUGUACAUUUUCCCUUGCCACAAGUAUAUUAAUUAACUCUUAUCAAUUGCUUCCUACCCUCCAAGGCUCAUUUCAAAACAGACACCAUGGAAGCUUGUUUUCUCUCCUCAAACUCAUUUUCCAAAACCAUAGCACAUAUCCCUUCAACCAAAUCUAAGUUUCUCACCCACCCAAAGAAAUACCCCAACCAGUUUCAAUACAAGAAAGUUGGCAUUCCACCAUCUUCUAUUACAUGUUGCCUUUCUGGCUCGUCAUCAUCUCCAGAAGAAGACAGCAGCCUUGUUCUUGACGGUGAUUGGCGAUCCUUCAGAGCAAGAUUGGUAGCCGGGGAGAGAGCUCUGAGGUCCGCAGAUCCAUCGUCCUCUGUGGUUGAUCCUGAUUCUGUGGCUGAUGAUCAGCCUCCAACUGUAGCAAUUGGUGAUAAGUGGGUCCACCCCAUCCAUGAACCUGAGAAGGGUUGCCUGCUAAUUGCCACAGAGAAGCUGGAUGGGGUCCACAUCUUCGAACGGACGGUGAUCCUGCUCCUAUCAACCGGGCCUGUGGGCCCAACUGGCGUCAUCCUCAACCGGCCAUCACUCAUGUCCAUCAAAGAAACCAGAUCAACGGCGUUAGAUGUGGCAGGCACAUUCUCUGAUAAGCCGCUGUUCUUCGGUGGGCCUCUGGAAGAAGGGCUGUUCCUGGUAGUGAGGCCCAAGGAGGGUGAUGACAGUGAUAAUGGGCCUGGGAAGAGUGGGCUUUUUGAAGAAGUGAUGAAGGGAUUGUACUAUGGAACGAAGGAGAGUGUGGGCUGUGCUGGUGAGAUGGUGAAGAGGAAUGUGGUUGGAGCUGGGGACUUCAGAUUCUAUGAUGGGUAUUGUGGAUGGGAAAAGGAGCAGCUGAGGGAUGAGAUUAGGGCUGGCUACUGGACUGUGGCGGCUUGUAGUCCCAGUGUAAUUGGACUGGCUAGUGUUGGGCUGUGGGAGGAGAUCCUUGGGCUUAUUGGGUCUAAAAAGGUUUGGUGAGUGUGGCCCAUGGGCCAACAACUACUUGUAACAUGACUGCAUCUAUAUUCUCAAAAAUUGUAAAUGAAAUUUAGGGCUUCGCAUUUUGCAGGGCAGAAAGAGGACAUGCAGGGUGGAUAAAAAGAGUAACUUUUUACUCUUGCUAUCAAAACCUGCCCUAAAAAUGUUAUGUCAUUGUUGAUUUUCUCACUUAUUUGAAAAAGUAAAGAGUGUUUUAAAUGUUCU